GAGAGAGAGGCCUCAUAAAUAAAUGAGAGAGCGAGACUCUCUCUCUAUCUCUCUCUUUUCUAGUCUUCUUUUUGUGUUCACUUUCUUUGACGAGAGUUUCUAGAGUAAAAAAAGAAAAUGCAGAACUGAAAUGAAAAAAAUGUUUAAUAUUAGUUAUGUGUGGGUUUUCUAUAAAAAACUGUUAACAAAAUUCGGUUCAAGGCACUGAGUUGGCCUGUGAGUUCCAAGUCGUGAAUGGACGAAUUGAGUCCCAAGUCAUUGGGUUUUAAAACAUUGGCUACUACAACUGUUAAUAGAUAUGGGAAUUCUCUUGGGGAAUUCCCACCAAAUUGUACUAUGACACUAAAAAUGCUCUUUUCAUGUCAUGAAAUCACACCUCCCAUGAACAUAUUGAGCACAUCAAGAUGGAUUGUCACUUCGUUAGAGAGUAGUACUUGAAGGAUACAAUUGAUCUUCCAUAUGUUUCUUCAAAGUGUAUGUUACGAUGAUGAGAGAGAGCCAAAACUAAAGGAAUUCUUCAUUAACGCAACCCUAAUCUCCUUUAAAAGAGAUUAGGGUUGGUGGUACAAACUUUACAAAAACAGUCCAACUACUAUAAGAAAAUAUUUAAACACUUCCUCUCUAACUUUCUAAUAUUUCAAAAACACUCUUUAACACUCCCCCUCAAGCUGGAGCAUAUAUAUCAAUCAUGCUUUGCUUGUUACAACAUCUUAGGAAAUCGCCUAUGGGAAGAGCCUUGGUGAGGAUAUCAGCUGCCUGAUCUUCUAAAGAGAUAUGAAUAGUGCUCACAAUUCCUUCUUGAACUAGGUCCCGAACAUAGUGACAAUCCACUUUAAUGUGUUUAGUCCUCUCAUGGAAAACAUGAUUGUUAGCAAUAUAUGUAGCUGCCUUGUUAUCACAAUACAUCUUCAUUGGAAGAUUCACUGAAACACCUAACUCUAGAAGUAAUGAUCUAACCCACGACAUUUCAGCCGCAGUUGAGCCAUAGCCCUAUUGUCCGAUUCAACACUAGAUCAAGCCACCACAUUCUGCUUCUUGCUCCUCCAUGAAAUAAGAUUACCUUCCACAAAGACACAAAAACCUGUAGUAGACUUCCUGUCAUCUGCAUACCCUAUAUAAUCAACAUCACUAUAUGCUUCGAUGUCAACACAUUCUCCCUUUUUUAACCAUUACCCCUUUCUUGAUCGAGCCACCACAUUCUGCUUCUUGCUCCUCCAAAAAAUAAGAUUACCUUCUACAAGGACACAAACACCUGUAGUAGACUUCCUGUCAUCUACAGACCCUGUAGAAUCAACAUCAUUGUACGCUUCGAUGUCAACACAUUCUCCAUUUUUUAACCAUUACCCCUUUCCUGGGGCUGAUUUCAAAUAUCUGACAAUCAUUACAGCAGCGUCCCAAUGAACCUUUCGGGGUUUUUCAUGAACUGAUUUAGCUUAUUCACAACAAAGCUAGUGUCGGGGCGAAUGACAGUCAAAUAUAACAGUUUUCCUAUCAGAGAACUGUAAGACCUAGAGUCAAAAGGCUCUGAUUCAUUAUCAUGUAUAUGAAUGCGGGGAUUCAUGGGAAGUGUGGUAGGUUUAGCUCUCAAUAAACAUGUUUCCUACAUAAGAUCUAGAGCAUACUUUCUUUGAGACACUACGCUCUUUUACUACUACGAGCCACCUGAAUACCAAGAAAAUACCGGAGUUGCCUAAGGUCUUUUGUGACAAAGUGUUGUAAAAACUCCUUUGUCUGAGCUAUCUCUUGAUUACUUUCUCAAGGGAGAACAAUAUCAUCCAUGUAUACAAUCAAUAUCACUAUAUCAAAUGUGCCUCGCUUGAUAAACAAUGAGAGAUCAAGCUGGGAUCCUCGAAAUUCACACUUAGAUAAAACCUCAGUUAGCUUAUGGAACCAUGCACGAGGACUUUGUUUAAGUCCAUAAAUAGUCUUCUUUAAUUUGCAUACCUUAGAGCACUCCCCUGUCGCUCAAAACGAGGUGGUUGCUGCAUAUAGACGGUUUCAGACAGGUCUCCACACAAAAAAACAUUUUUCACAUCCAGUUGAAAUAGAGGUCAUUUUCGCUAGAAAGCAAGAUAUAUAAUCAAUCGAAUAGUGCUCAACCGAGCCACAGACAAAAAAGUCUCAAAGAAGUCAACACCAUAAGUCUGAGUAUAUCCUUUAGCGACAACACAUGCCUUGAACGUUCUACUGAACUAUCAUAGUGAUACUUGAUGGUGAACACCCAUCUUGAGCCAACAAUAUCACAGUGCAUCGGUGGAUCCACCAAGUCCCAUGUCUCCCGAGAGAUAAGAGCAUCCAUUUCCUCCUGCAUGGCUCGUCACCACCAUGGAUCUAAGAGGGCUUGAUGGUGAGAAGCCGUGAUAACGUGACUAGAUAAAGCUCGAUCAAACUGCACCAAACUUGUAAUUUGACGGUCAGUAGAAACAUAAUUAGAAAUAGGAUGUAGUGUGCACUGUCGCUUGCCUUUGUGAAUGAAAAUAGGGAGAUCGUCUGCAGAAUGGUCAUCAUUUAAACCUGAGUCAGUCUUAUCAAUGGAGCUUGCCUCUUGAGAAGACGCUGGUGGGUGGUUGGGAGAGGGACCAAGACGACGAGUGUAAACCAAUGGAGGGUCAAGGAAACGUUCAUGUGGCCUAGGUUGAGAUGGUGGGAAUGACUCAUGUGACACUGGUGGAAUAGGAAGAGAAACAGGUACAAACAUCUCAGACAUAGAGGAACUCGAAGGGGAAAAGUACAAACAUCUCAGACAUAGAAGAACUCGAAGGGGAAAAAUAAGGGCGAGACUCAAAGAAUGUAACAUCCACACUGAUAAUCUCUUUCUUGGUCUGGGGAUCAAUGCACUUAUAUCAUUUUUGAUUGGCAGAAUAGCCAAUAAAUACACAUUUGAUGGCUUGGGUCGCAAGUUUGUUUUUGUCUGGGCUUAGGAUAUGUGCAAAGCAGGUGCAUCCAAAUACUUUGGGAGGUAUAUGAAAUAAUGAUCGAUCUGUAUAUAAAAUUUGAAUGGGGAUACGUUCUUGGAUGACUGAUGAGGGUAAGCUAUUAAUGAGAUAGCAUGCAGUAAGAAUAGCAUCACCCCAAAAAUAGGCAGACAUGUGAGAAUGUAGCAUAAGGGUGCGAGCCACAUUUAGGCAUUGCCGAUGUUUGUGUUCGGCUACACCAUUUUGUUGGAAUGUGUGCGGACAAGUAUAUUGAGGUCGAAUGCCAUGGUUGACAUAAAACUGAAGUAGAAUGGAAGACUUGAAUUCAAGAGAAUUAUCAAUGCGAAUAUUUUUUACAAUGAGACCAAACUGAGUUUUUAUUUCCUUGACAAAUAUCUAAAGAAUAAAUAUGACUUCAGAUCUUUCCCUUAACAAGAAAACCCAAUUGACUCUAGUAAAAUCAUAAACUAAAACAAGAUAGUAUCGGAAACAUGAACAAAAAGUAACCCGACUAGACCCCAUACAUCCACAUGAAUGAGAUCAAAUGGACUCCGACCAGAUGGACUCUGACUCGAAGGAAAACUGCUUCGUGUAUGCUUGCCCAACUGACAAACAUCACAUAAGGACUCUGAUGUAGGAAUAUCUGGAAACAUGCAACGAAGUUUGGGUACAGAUGGAUGACCUAGUCUGAGAUGCCACUGGUAAGGAGAAGGCUUUGAAGGGACUGAAGAUGCAGCAACAUCAACUGGAACCGACAGGAAAUAAAGUCCCUCACGUUCAUGGCCUGAAGAUGCAGCAAAAAUGACUUUACACUAUAAGUCAAUAGGUAGUUGCUUAACAGAUAACAAGUUAAUCGAAAAUUGAGGAGCAUAUAACACGUGUAAUAGUGCCUAAAUAUGGAAGGUAGAUAUCACCACUGCCCAAAACAGGGGACAGCUUGCUAUUCUUAAAUACAGCCACACCACAUAAAUCUGGCUGUCCACUACGCACGACAAAGAUCCCAACACAAUCAAAUGAUAGAUCUCAUACCUACGAUAAGCAACAGUCCACAACUCAUUAAACUUCAACUUACAAACUUCAUAUCCCAUGAUCUAUAGCAAUCAACAUCCAUGAGAUCCACUCAAGGAUCUGAUCACGCCUUCCACAGAAGCGUGAUCAGGUCCUUCUCCACGCAGCGCACCCAACCUCUAUUCUCUUACCGUCUCCUUAUUGGGAGGUAAGAAGGAAUAGAGAUGGGAGGUGACAAGGAGGAAGGAAGAGAUUGCCGGAGGAAGAGGUCGCUAGAGAGAAUGAGCGCCGGAAAACUCACUUGUCUGUCGGCACAGGAGAAGGCUCUGAUACCAUGUUACGAUGAGAGAGAAAGCCAAAAGGAAUUCUUCAUUAACGUAACCCUAAUCUCCUUUAAAAGAGAUUAGGGCUGGCUGUACAAACUUUACAUAAACAGUCCAACUACUAUAAGAAAAUAUUUAAAGACCUCUAUAACUUUUUAAUAUUUUAGAAACACUCUUUAACAGUGUAAACUACCAAAAUAUUUUACUGAAGCUUUGUGUUCUCCAAAAGAAACUUUUAGUGAUAGCAUCAUAAGUUUGAAGAGAGAGAGAGAGAGAGAGAGAAAGAGAGAGAAGGGGGUAAAAUAUAUGUAAGCCACUGUGUAUAUGUUAAUCAUAUAUGUAUAUGCUUAGAAUACAGGUUUAUUACGUAUAUACGUUGAGAAUGUAGUUUUUUGUUCCCAUAUUUCCUUUUCCUUUUUCCCCCUCUUAUACUAUCAUUGGUUGAGACUCAAGAAUGAGCCUUUACCUGAGAGGCUGAGAUGGACUAGUGGUUGGCUAGGUCCAACUACUCCAAUUAGAGAUGUUCGAUCUCUGACAAGGGCUAGAUGCCUAGAUCUACUCUCCCUUCAUGUCUACAUAGAGGGAUUAGUCCUCUUUAUUCUCAAUAUUUUGCAAAGAAUUUUCAACAUGUAACCUAUGUGACACGGGUACGUGGAAUUGCCCCACGUAUCCGCUCCACUAUGUAGGUAUAUGGAAGCAGGUACAACUAAGCUAUUGGGUAUGGGUUGGGUCGGGUCUUGGGUCUGGGUCAGACCCGAUCCAGACCAUAAAAAUUGUUCAUUUUUACUCAAGAAACAAAAGUUGAGCUCUACAACAGAGCUUGACUUACCUGCGUUUUCUUCAACCCUUGUCUGCUACAGCGAUGACUGGCGGCGAUGACGACGUCUGUGGAUGUUCGGCAGUAGCUGGUGGCAGCCAGUCCAAUAAGGUGUGAAAUUUUACCAGAGUAGACAACAGAUGGAUGUUAUUGAGAACUCUCGACCUCUGGUUGAAGCUUCAGUUAAUGAUCAGCGCUUCUUGUUGAACUUUAUAAUGGGUACUUACCUUGGCCCUGAUGUCAAAACUGAUAUUCCAAGGCGGUCUGCAUUCCAGCGAAUAGCUGAAGGACUUCCUCCUUAUUAUUCUUCUGAUUUGGGAGAAGCUUUUCUUAAGCUUUCUGAUGUUGAGUGCCUUUACUAUUAUGUUCUACGGAAUGCACAUCCUAGUGCUGUCUUAAGGGUGCAUUCACUCUACCAAUAUUUUAAGGGACGGCUUCCUCCACCAGUACUUGAGAGUCUUGAUGAUGACCGGCAGUUCACGACCUUGUUUCCUCCAGAUAUUCACAAACAGGGAAGGUACAAGGGAAGUUUCAAGAUCUUCAAGGGAAUAAUUUUCUUUGAUAGCCCAACCACAUCUUAUAUCAGUCCUUCUGAUCUUCAAAGGUUUAAGUGGCUAACAGGAUUGGAUGACCUGAACAUUGACAGAGAAGAAGCACAACUCUAUAGGCAUGGUUAUAGGACAGAUAGGGAUGAGAGUCAACAAAUGCCCAAUUAUGCGAUGGUCAUGGAGACACCAAAAGAUCUUCCAAAUGGAAAUGCUGCUGCUGCUGCUAGAAGGAGAAUUUCUAACCAAAGAAGACGUCUUAGAGUAGCCCUGCAGAUGCAGCUCCCACCACCUCCUCGAACUGAUCUUGCUAAUUAUGUUCCUGUUGACUCCUUCAAUGAGGAAGAGCUGCCAGUUCAGUCUCCUCAUCCUAUUGGACCAUCUAUCCUGUUUCUUUCUUCUUCACCCAGUGUAGAAAGUUGGAACUUCGAUUCAUCUAUCAUUCUUACAGGAACAGCCAAGGAAGGACGAGCUGGGCCACCUGUUGGACUCGUUGAUAUUGGCACAAGCAAGGAUGCAUACCUUUUUAGAAUUGCUCUUCCUGGUGUCAAAAAAGAUGCACGUCAAUUCAGUUGUGAGAUUGAGUAUGAUGGGAAAGUUGUCAUUAGGGGUGUGACGUCAACAGGGGAAAGUACCGUUAUGAGAAAUUCACGGGUAUUUCACAUGAAAACACAACAUUUAUGCCCACCAGGUCCGUUUAGUAUUUCAUUCUACCUGCCUGGCCCUGUAGACCCCAGACUGUUCUCAGGAAACUUUGGUUCAGAUGGGAUUCUUGAAGCAAUUGUGAAGAAGUACAGGGAACCGACAGGUACCUCCGGAAAGGUGAGGCUGUGAUGACGUGGCCAACUUCAGUAAACUUCUUAUAGCUCAUCACCAUUUCUUUCCCACCACUGGGUCAUGAAUCAGUGGAAUGAUAGUUAUUCUAACAGGUACGGAAAAAGAUGCAACGCAGUGAUUAACUCACUCACCCACUCACACACUCUCUUUCUCUAGUGCGUGUGUGUGUGCAAGCAUGCACGAUUGCAUGCUUGUCAAAAUUAGUGGCACCGCUUGUGCAAGAAAAGCAAUUACGUAUUAAAUGAGUUGCUGAUCGAAGUUUAUGGCGUCUGCCUAGCAGGAGGUUAUGUGACAAUAUGCGGAUGGAUGCAUGUAAAGACGAGCUCAGCAAAUGUUUCCAUGAAGUUAAAAAGUAAAUUCUUGGUAUCCUUAAAGAAUCGGGAAAGGAAAAAAAGGGCAAAGUUGUUCCUUGUUUUGGUUGCUUUC